AUGGAGGCGGCGGCUGCGCAGAGGAGAGGGACUGAGAGGGAGAGCUCAGAGGCGGCGGCGGUGAAUGAAGGAGGCGAGCUAGGUUUCGUCUCUACUCUCUCGUACCGAAGACGACUCCUCCAGGGACCAGACAAACUUGAGAUUCCUGCCCAGAGAAGCUGCGCGUCGCGUCUGCUAGGGGUGCUUCUAACGGUCUCAGUGGGUAAGGGCUGA